CCUUACUCCUUUAACACUAAAAUAUUAUUCAGAGAAUGCCACGUGUAAUGCAACAACUCAGAAAAUUUGAUUGCUUUUUAGCCAACUGAUACAAAAGGUAACAUCCUUCCCAAAAACUUGAACACAGAAGACUAGAAGAUGGAGAAAAUAUGUUCUCGUUUCUUGUCGAUGUCAAAGUUUCAGAAAAGAGAAGGAAGAAAUGACAAGGUUUUGGAUGUGUCGAGGGGAGAAGAGGGGGAGAAGGUGGUGGCAUUGUUUUCAGUGACUGGAAUGACGUGCUCAGCCUGUGCAGUAUCGGUAGAGAAGGCGAUUAAGGGACUGCCAGGAGUUCAUGAUGCAGCUGUUGAUGUUCUAAAUGAUAGAGCACGGGUUAUCUUCAAUCCUGCACUGGUAUCUGAGGAUGUAAUAAGAGAGACCAUUGAAGAUGCUGGAUUCCAAGCGGCGUCAAUUAAACAAGAACCAAGGGAAAACUCUACUCUAAUAUGCAGAAUUCGAAUAAAAGGAAUGACUUGUACGUCUUGUUCAAGUACUAUAGAAUCAGCUUUAAGAGAGAUUUGUGGAGUCCAGAGAGCUUUGGUAGCAUUGGCAACUGAAGAAGCAGAAAUUCAGUACAAUCCUAAGCUUGUAAGUGCUAAUCAAUUCAUGGAGGCAGUUGAAGAUACUGGUUUUGAAGCUGUGCUUAUCAGCACAGGAGAAGAUAUGAAUAACGUACAUCUCAAGCUGGAAGGAGUUCACACUGAAAAAUCUCUACAGAUGAUUGAAAAUUGUCUUCUUGCCCUCCCCGGGGUUGAUGUCAUAAAAAUCAAUCCUGUGCUUCAAAAGAUUUCUGUAUCAUAUAAACCAGACCAAACAGGUCCUCGUAACUUCAUUGAUGCUAUCGAGUCAAUAAAAUAUGGAAAUUUUCAAGCUUCGAUAUACCCUGAUGGAGGGGGAAAGGAAAUUCACAGACAUGACGAGAUUAUGCGGUAUCAUCGACAUUUUCUUUGGAGUUUAAUUUUUACAGUCCCAGUGUUUCUCUCAUCUAUGGUCUUCAUGUAUAUCCCAGGAAUCCACCAUUGUUUAGAAACUAAAGUGGUGAAUUCGUUAACAGCUGGAGUUAUUUUCAGGUGGAUAUUAACGACUCCUGUCCAAUUUAUAAUUGGAAGGAGAUUUUACAUUGGUUCGUAUAAAGCCCUCCGAAAAGGAGCUGCCAAUAUGGAUGUUCUAAUCGCCCUUGGGACCAAUGCAGCAUACUUUUAUUCACUUUAUUCUGUGCUUAAAGCAGCAACAUCUAAAAAUUUUGUGGGGACUGAUUUUUUUGAGACUAGUUCAAUGCUCAUCUCUUUCAUUCUGCUUGGAAAAUAUCUUGAGGUCUUAGCCAAAGGGAAAACAUCUGAAGCCAUUGCCAAGCUUAUGGACUUGACGCCCGAAACCGCAGUACUAUUAGUAUAUGAUGAAGACGGGAAUAUGUUCAGCGAGAGAGAAAUUGAUAGUCGAUUGAUACAAAAGAACGAUGUGAUAAAAAUAAUGCCUGGAGGAAAAGUGGCUUCAGAUGGUUUCAUUUUAUGGGGUCAGAGCCAUGUCAAUGAGAGCAUGAUAACAGGUGAAUCUCGACCUGUUGCAAAGGAGAAGGGUGACAGAGUAAUUGGUGGGACUGUUAAUGAGAAUGGCGUGUUGCAUGUGAAGGUAACACAUAUAGGUUCUGAGACUACUCUUUCACAGAUUGUUCGUCUUGUUGAGUCAGCACAGUUGGCAAAAGCUCCAGUUCAGAAAUUUGCGGACCGAAUCUCCAAGUAUUUUGUUCCUCUAGUCAUUUUUCUUGCAUUUUCCUCUUGGUUUUUGUGGUUUUCAGCUGGGAUUUUUAAUUAUUACCCCGAAACAUGGAUACCAUCUUCAAUGAAUAGUUUUCAGCUUGCUCUUCAAUUUGGCAUAUCAGUGAUGGUCAUAGCCUGUCCAUGUGCACUUGGCCUUGCAACUCCUACUGCUGUUAUGGUGGGUACAGGGAUUGGUGCUACUCACGGAGUGCUGAUUAAAGGAGGUCAAGCAUUGGAAAGUGCUCAUAAGGUCAACUGUGUUGUUUUUGACAAAACUGGCACGCUUACACUUGGAAAGCCUACUGUUGUUAGCACAAGGCUCCUCAAAGACAUGACCAUAUACGAGUUCUAUGAAUAUGUUGCAGCUGCUGAGGUGAACAGUGAGCAUCCGUUGGCGAAAGGCAUAGUGGAAUAUGCUAAGAAGCUCAGAGAAGCAGAAGAAGAAAACCAUAUCUGGCCUGAAGCACGGGACUUUGUUUGUAUUAGUGGCCAUGGUGUCAAAGCUACAGUUGGCAAUAUAGAACUCAUCAUCGGGAACAAAAGUCUGAUUGUGGAUAUAGGAAUUAACAUUCCAGAAAAAGCCUCUGAAAUUCUCAUGGAAGUUGAGAUUAUGGCUCAAACUGGAGUUAUAGUCUCUAUGAAUCAUGAGGUUGUCGGAAUUAUAGCUAUAUCUGAUCCAUUGAAACCUGGAGCUGCAGAUGUUAUAUCUAUUCUCAAUUCUAUGAAAGUGAAGAGUAUCAUGGUAACAGGAGAUAACUGGGGUACUGCCAGAGCUAUUGCCAAAGAGGUCGGGAUUGAUACAGUUGUUGCUGAGGCCAAACCUGAUCAGAAAGCAGAGAAAGUAAAGGAAUUGCAGAAAUCUGGAUUAAUUGUGGCAAUGGUUGGGGAUGGAAUAAACGAUUCAGCGGCUCUAGCAUCCGCUGAUGUUGGAAUGGCAAUAGGUGCUGGCACAGACAUUGCCAUUGAAGCCGCUGACAUUGUUCUAAUGAAAAACAACUUAGAGGAUGUUAUUAUUGCCAUUGAUCUUUCUAGGAAAACCUUUUCUCGGAUUCGCAUGAAUUAUAUUUGGGCACUUAGUUAUAAUAUGAUUGGCAUACCAGUAGCUGCUGGGGCUUUCUUUCCAUCUACUGGACUUCGUCUUCCUCCAUGGAUGGCUGGAGCUGCAAUGGCAGCUUCUUCUGUUAGUGUUGUGAUGUGUUCCCUCUUAUUGAAGAACUACCGGAGACCCAAGAUGUUGAAUAAUCUUCAGUUUAAAGGGAUCAUAACUGAGUGAUUCUGUAAAUUAACAAAGAGGUGUCUGGAAUGGUAGUAAAGGGGAAAUUGUUGAAAAGCGAAUCAUCACUGAAGUCUAAGAAGGCUUACUUAUGGUUCGCCUAUUUCUCACAAAGUGUAUAAAUUAACAUUGAGGAUUAUGAUAAUAAUCAGGCAAACAAUUACAAAUUUCAUUCAAUUA